AUGGUUUCUUCUCUUCUCGUCCUCGGCGCUCUGGCCUCCGCCGCCAUCGCCUCUCCCGUCCCCGAGGUCCAGGCCCGCGCCGGCUGCACCUUCACCGAUGCCGCCGCCGCUAUCAAGGGCAAGGCCAGCUGCACCACCAUUGUGCUUAACAACAUCGCCGUCCCCGCCGGUACCACCCUCGACAUGACCGGUCUCAAGUCCGGCACUCACGUCACCUUCCAGGGCAAGACCACCUUCGGCUACAAGGAGUGGGAGGGACCUCUCAUCUCCUUCUCCGGCGACAACAUCCUCAUCGACGGUGCCUCCGGCCACUCCAUUGACUGCGACGGUGCCCGCUGGUGGGACGGCAAGGGUGGCAACGGCGGCAAGACCAAGCCCAAGUUCUUCUACGCCCACAGCCUCAAGAACUCCAACAUCAAGAACCUCAACGCCCUGAACACCCCCGUCCAGGCCUUCUCCAUCAACAGCGCCACCAACCUCGGCGUCUACGGCGUCACCCUCGACAACUCCGCCGGCGACUCCAAGGGUGGCCACAACACCGACGCCUUCGACGUCGGCUCCUCCACCGGUGUCUACAUCUCCGGCGCCAACGUCAAGAACCAGGACGACUGCCUCGCCAUCAACUCCGGCACCAACAUCACCUUCACCGGUGGCACUUGCUCCGGUGGCCACGGUCUCUCCAUCGGCUCCGUCGGUGGACGCAAGGACAACGUCGUGAAGACGAUUCGCAUCACCAACUCCAAGAUCUCCAACUCCGACAACGGUGUCCGCAUCAAGACCGUCUACGGCGCCACUGGAUCCGUCUCCGACGUCGAGUACUCCGGCAUUACCCUCUCCAACAUCGCGAAGUACGGUAUCGUCAUUGAGCAGGACUACGAGAACGGCUCCCCCACCGGCAAGCCCACCGCCGGCGUCCCCAUCACUGGCCUCACCCUGAGCAAGGUUACCGGUUCCGUUGCCUCUUCCGGCACCAACGUCUACCUCCUCUGCGCCUCCGGUGCCUGCAGCAACUGGAAGUGGUCCGGCGUCAGCGUUACUGGCGGCAAGAAGUUCACCAAGUGCAGCGGUAUCCCCAGCGGCAGCGGCGCUGCUUGCUAA